CUGGGCCGGGCCGCCGCGGGAGGGAGGUGCGGCGGGCGGAGGUGGGAGCGCAGCCGGGCAGGGGAGGGCUGUCCCGGCUGCUCCCGGGAGCUGCUGCUGGGCGGGACGGAGCUCAGCGCUCCCCUCAGGAAGUUAUUUUAGAACGAAAGAAUACAUCUGAGAAACAAGAUGUCUCCUGCCGGGAGUCAGUACCAAGAUAAGCAAUACAGGCACCAUGAGAACCAUAGAUCUGACAGAUACAAAGAAGACAGAAGAGCGAGAAAACCAUACCAAUACAAUGCAAGAUCAACAGAAGACAUUCGAGGUGGCCAGCACUCAAGAACUUCUACUGUUUGCUCAGACCGUUAUUCUAAAACCUCAGGAGCAGCACGGGAGUAUUUUGACCCACAGCCAGAGUUUUAUCCUCCCAAGGAAACCUUCUCAAUGAAGUGUUCAAAGGUAUGCACAACAAGAGGCAUUUUGAAGUUUGUGGAAAUCACGGUUAACCUCCUGGUGUUGAUUUGUGUGGGAGCUUCCCAAGCCUCUAUUGCAGGCUUCACAUCCCUUGGAGGCUUUGGAUCCUUUAGCCUGAAUUCAGCCUAUAGCCCCUUUGAGGGCACAGAGCUCCAGGAGGUGAGGGAGCUGGACAUGCAGAUCACCCAGAUGAGAGCUCCUUGUGUGUAUGGUGGCGUAGCCUUCAGCUUAACAGCAGCAGUACUUACCCUUGUCUUCCUUGUCGUGGGGGCAAAGCCCAUCCAGCAGCUCAGGACAGGGCUGCUGGUAGGUGAGUGUGCCUUCAACCUGCUGGCUGGCGCAGCAUACGUUGUGGCAGUGGGCCUCUACCUGCAUUUUGUCAGCCAGGUGAACUCCACAGAAGUUUGCAAGAGGCGUGAGAGGCUGUACGCGCGCCGCGGCUACACCUCCAUGAACUGCGUGGUCCAGGGCGGUGAUGCAGCCGUGGGCCUUUUCGGUGCCGUUGCCUCCUGCUUGUACUUUGCCAGCUUUGUGGUCUGCAUCCGUGCUGUCCGAACUGUCAGAGCCUUCCAGAGCCAUGUGGCCAAGGCUCAGCACAGCCCCAAAGUCAGUGUUAAGGACAGAAACAUCAGAAACCACCAUGCUGUUCACAGGACCUCUGAAAGCUCCCACAACAUCCAGGCUCUUGCCACGUUAGUGUGAAGUCAGCUCUGGGACUGUGCCAGAGAGCUGGGGCUUCAGCCAGGGAGGGACAUGGCAAACAGGAGACCAGCCCACAAUGUAUCUCCCUACAAGGUGCUGAAGCAUGUACAGAAUCACCAAAUGUAACUACACAGCUAUAACAUGAUGUAAUAAAAUUGACAUUGAGUGA